CUCCAAGUUAUUUAUGUAAGUGAAAUAACAAACCCAUCCGAUUUCCGAUAUCAAUCAAUCCGAUCCCUAAUUUUAUAUCUCCACAAACAAAAAAAUUCAUCAAUGGAGGGAACAGAAGGCACACAGCAACCGCACUUAGUUCUAGCCAACAAGCUAUUCCUUUUAACUCAAUCAGACGUCGACGAUAUCGAAAAAGUUCGUCUUCGUGAUGAAGUCAUGGCCACGGUUAUCGCUGACGAUAUGGCACCAUUAUAUGAAACCCUAGCUGCGAGUUCGGUGUUGGAGCUUGACCAGAAGGUUCUAGACUCGAUGCGUGUUAAGAUUGAUGAUGAGCUUAAAAAGCUUGACGAAAAAAUUGCCGAUGCCGAAGAGAAUUUAGGAGAAAGUGAAGUUCGAGAAGCUCAUUUGGCAAAGUCGUUGUUCUUCAUCCGGAUUGGUGACAAGGAGAAAGCACUAGAACAACUUAAGGUGACAGAAGGCAAAACCGUUGCGGUAGGCCAACGGAUGGACCUGGUGUUCUACACUCUGCAAAUGGGUUUCUUCUACAUGGAUUUUGAUCUCAUAUCAAAAAGUAUUGAUAAAGCAAAGAAUUUGUUUGAAGAAGGUGGUGACUGGGAGAGGAAAAACAGGUUGAAAGUUUAUGAAGGCCUGUAUUGCAUGUCCACUCGCAACUUUAAGAAAGCUGCUGAUCUGUUUCUUGAUUCGAUAUCAACUUUCACAACCUAUGAAAUUUUUCCUUAUGACACCUUCAUUUUCUACACGGUUCUCGCUAGCAUUAUUUCACUUGAUAGGGUUUCCCUCAAGCAAAAGGUUGUGGAUGCACCAGAGAUCCUGACAGUAAUUGGAAAAAUUCCAUUCUUGUCGGAAUUUAUGAACUCUUUGUACGAGUGUCAAUAUAAAUCAUUCUUUUCUGCUUUUGCCGGGAUCUCACAGCAUAUUAAGCUGGAUCGAUAUUUGCACCCACACUUCCGUUUCUACAUGAGAGAGAUCAGGACAGUCGUCUAUUCUCAGUUCCUGGAAUCUUACAAGAGUGUUACAAUUGAAGCAAUGGCGAAGGCAUUUGGUGUGAAAGUUGAUUUCAUUGAUCUGGAACUGUCACGAUUUAUUGCAGCAGGGAAGCUUCAUUGCAAGAUCGAUAAAGUAGCUGGUGUGCUAGAAACUAACCGCCCAGAUGCAAAGAAUGCUCUGUAUCAAGCAACUAUAAAGCAAGGGGACUUCUUGUUGAAUAGGAUCCAGAAGCUUUCUCGUGUUAUUGACCUUUAAGUGUGUAAGCAAUUUCCUAGUAUUUUCCCCAAGUUAAGUCUUCGAUCAGCGAAACUCUGUAAUACCUUCCGCUACCAGCUUCCGACUUCACCAAUUCCUUUUGUAAUAUUUGUUUUGAGUAUACUUUCUAAUUGUCAAGAAUUUAUUUUAUUGGUUUUGAGUUGUCCUUAA